AUGAGUUGGUACGAUUCGGCGGCGAAGACAGGCAAAAAUAUAGCGGUGUGGUGGGACAUGAAGGACUGUCCGGUUCCAGAGGGUAUUGAUGCUCAUCGUGUCCGUCCGAGUAUAGAAGGUGCCUUAAAGGAACAAGGCUACUCUGGUCCUGUCUCCAUCACAGCCUAUGGAGACCAAAAACAAACCCCUGACUGCCUGCUACGAGCUCUCUCUUCCACUGGAGUCGCGGUGGUACAUAUCAGAUCUGAAAGCACGUGCGCAGUCAUGUACAAGGAUAUGGUGAAAUGGCGAGAGGAUAAUCCUCCUCCGGCUACAAUGAUGAUCAUAACCAAUCAGAUGCUAGAUGUCUUCCAUUGGGAUCUGGCCCGGCUUCAACAACGCACGAGUUACGACCUUUUUCUGGCUUAUUCAGUCGAACCUCGCGCCCAAUUGUUCGUGUACACACUCGAAACGUGGCUCUGGAAAAAAUUAUUACUUGGGACGACUGCGUCCGUGACAAGCAGCAGCAGCGAUGCCAUCGUGUUUUAUUGCAAAUCGUGCUCUUUGGAAUGCCUAAGCCUGAAGAGUUUCAAAAAGCAUCUCUCCACUGAAAAGCAUGCAAAACAAGAGGUUUUACACCCUCAGCCUAAACAACUCAAUUCUGUAACGAGCAAGUGGGGGAAGAACUACGCUGCUACGCCUGAAUAUGCGACAGCUAAAAUCCAUGUCUGGUGGGACAUGUUUGAUUGUCCUAUUCCCGACGGUUAUGACGCUCAUCGAGUCCGUCCCAGUUUGGAAGGAGCUUUCAAGGAACUAGGCUACUCUGGUCCUGUCUCCAUCACUGCCUUUGGUGACUAUAAAAAAACCCCUAAACGCCACCUUCAUGCCCUCUCUUCCACUGGAAUCGAUGUUGUACAUGUCAUUCCGGAAAUCAUAUACUCUCGCAUGCGUGAUGACAUUUUUAAAUGGCGAAACGAUAAUCCUACUCCGGCUACAAUGAUGAUCAUUUCGGAUGAGGCUAAAUAUGUCUUUGGAACUUCUCUUGCCCAGGCUCAACAAGAAGUUAAUAAGUACAACCUGUUUUGGGCUUAUUCUUUUAGGCCUCGGGAAAUGUCAGUCAUGGUCACUUCUGCCGAGUGGCUCUGGGAUAGCUUACUUGCAGUUUCAGAGACAAAAAGACAUGUUCUUCGCAAGUGCAGUGGAAGUAGUGAAAGCGUGGUUGAAUCUACCGGAAUGUUUUAUUGCAGACUGUGCGUCUCGGAGCGCAGACUCUGCUUCUAUAAGCGCAAACUGUUGGAUAAAUUCAUCAAACACCUCUCGAGUAGAAAACAUCUCUCUAAAGAAGAGUUUAUUACUGAUUGUCGUCAACAUAACAAGAACCUGGGACUGUUCUGGCUAGAGAAAGAACAUUUCCCAGAGAGCAAGCGGUUGAAGAAAUCUGCCUAG